GUAAAUUUCACAGGAUCGUGCAAAUGCGGACCGAGUCUUUGAAAUUGUUGAAGUUGAAAAGAAAAGUAGAGAAAUUGGGAGAUUGCUGUCCGCGUUCUACUUGAAAAUAUCAGCUACCCUUCCAAUUCAAGCCCAUCAAUUUCGUAAAUCACUUUAUCGCGAAAUUCUAGCAUUUCUGCCCUCGAAGCGCGUGCUAGACUUAUCAGUCACCUCCCUGCGAGAUAUCCAGCCAAGGAGAUGUCUCGAGUGGAGGACUUGUGGGAGCGGUUGGUUCGGGCGGCACUUCGAGGCCGAGCACUGGGUGGUGGUUUGUAUCGACAGCCGGAGACUGGUCUAGCUGCAAAUGUUCCUUCCUCGCUUGGAAACAAGGACAUAGAUGACAUUUUGAGGGCUGCAGAUGAAAUUCAAGAUGACGAUCCGAAUAUAGCCAGAAUUCUGUGUGAACAUGCUUAUUCUUUGGCUCAAAAUCUGGAUCCAAAUAGUGAGGGCAGGGGUGUAUUGCAGUUCAAGACCGGUUUGAUGUCUGUUAUAAAGCAAAAGCUAGCAAAGAAGGAGGCUGGAAGCAUAGAUAGAACCCAGGAUAUUGCUCGGUUACGAGAAUUUUAUAAACUGUACAGACAGAAGAAUAAUGUGGACCGGCUGAGAGAUGAGGAGAUGGAGUUGAGGCAGUCAGGUGUCUUUAGUGGUAACCUUGGAGAAUUGGAGAGGAAAACAGUGAAAAGGAAAAGAGUCCUGGCAACUCUAAGGGUUAUUGGGAAUGUUUUAGGGCAGCUGACCAAGGAUGUUUCUGCUGAAGAAGCUCAAAGUUUAAUUCCUGAAGAGCUGAAACGUGUUAUAGAGUCAGAUGCAGCGAUGGCAGAAGAUACGCUUCCUUACAAUAUUAUACCUUUGGAUGCUCCAAGUCUAACCAAUCCUAUUGCUUCUUUUCCAGAGGUACAAGCAGCUGUUUCAUCUUUGAAGUAUUUCAGGGGCCUCCCAAAAUUACCUGGAACAUUUGCUCCUCCUCCUUCAAGAAGCCUAGAUAUUUUUGAUUUUUUGCAGUAUACUUUCGGUUUUCAGAAAGAUAGUGUCUCAAAUCAGCGAGAACAAGUUGUUCAUCUCCUUGCAAAUGAGCAAAGUCGGCUACGAAUUCCUGAAGACCCAGAGCCUAUAUUGGAUGAGGCUGCUGCUCAGAGGGUAUUUUUGAAAUCCCUGGACAACUACAUCAAAUGGUGCAACUACUUGGGAAUAUUACCCGUAUGGAGCAAUUUGGAGGCUGUUAGCAAAGAGAAGAUGUUGCUCUUUGUUUCAUUAUACUUCUUAAUAUGGGGUGAAGCAGCAAAUGUUCGAUUUCUGCCAGAAUGCUUGUGCUACAUUUUUCAUAAUAUGGGUAAGGAGCUGGAAGAGGUAUUACGACAGCAGGUUGCCCAGCCAGCUAAAAGUUGUGUUUCUGGUUCUGAUGUAUCGUUUCUUGACCAAGUCAUACUGCCUCUUUAUGAGGUCAUAAGUGCGGAAGCCGUGAACAAUGAUAAUGGGCGAGCGCCUCAUUCAGCCUGGAGAAAUUAUGAUGAUUUUAAUGAAUUUUUCUGGUCACUGAGCUGCUUUGAUCUUCGUUGGCCCUGGAACCUGACGUCAAAGUUUUUCCUGAAGCCAGCACGGAGGUCCAAGAAUGUUCUGAAAUCUGGGGGAGGCAAACGCUGUGGGAAAACAUCUUUUGUUGAACAUAGGACAUUUCUUCAUCUCUAUCACAGCUUUCACCGUCUAUGGAUAUUCCUCUUUGUGAUGUUUCAGGGGCUUACCAUAAUUGCUUUCAAUCGUGGAAAUAUCAACUCCAAGACCAUUCGAGAAGUUCUUAGUGUUGGCCCCACAUAUUUUGUGAUGAAAUUCUUUGAGAGUAUUCUGGAUAUUGUAAUGAUGUAUGGAGCGUACGCCACAUCAAGGCAUCUUGCUGUCACCCGAAUUUUCCUCCGUUUUCUUAGCUAUGCCUUGUUAUCAGUUUUCAUAUGUUUCCUUUACGUGAAAGCUCUUGAAGACAGGAGUAAUAACAAUAACACGUCUGUUGUUUAUAAACUUUAUGUAAUUGUUCUUCUAAUUUUUGCUGGUGCAAAGUUCUUCUUGAGUGUCUUGCUGCACAUCCCAGCAUGUCACCGUGUGUCAGAUCGGUGCAAUAGUUGGCCCCUGGUUGGUUGGAUGAAGUGGAUGCACCAGGAACAUUACUAUGUUGGCCGGGGCAUGUAUGAAAGAGCUUCAGAUUUCUUGAAAUACAUGAUCUUUUGGUUGGUUGUGCUGGGAUGCAAAUUCUCUUUUGCUUAUUUCUUACUGAUUAAUCCAUUGGCAGAACCAACAAGGUUCUUAGUAAACUUGCGCAUUGACCAAUACUCUUGGCAUGAUAUCGUGUCAAAAAAUAAUCAUAACGCAUUUACGGUUCUCAGCUUAUGGGCCCCCGUAGUUGCCAUUUAUCUAAUGGAUCUCCAAGUUUUCUACACUAUUGUAUCUGCUAUAUUGGGUUUCCUGAUGGGUGCUAGAGAUCGCCUUGGAGAGAUUAGAUCUCUGGAUGCUGUUCAGCAACUUUUUGAAAAGUUUCCUGCAGCUUUUAUGAAUACUCUACAUAUACCGCCCCCACAAAGGGAAUCUGUGCAAUCAUCUGGAUCUGGUCAGGUUGUGGAAAAGAAGAAAACUGAUGCUGCUCAAUUUGCUCCAUUUUGGAAUGAAAUUAUAAGGAAUCUGAGGGAGGAAGAUUAUAUCGACGAUCUGGAAUUGGAAUUGCUUCAAAUGCCCAAAAAUUCAAGGAGUCUUGCACUUGUCCAAUGGCCGCUUUUUCUUCUAGCUAGCAAGAUAUUCCUUGCAAAAGAUAUUGCUGUAGAGAGUAAAGAAACCAAAGAUUCUCAAGAAGAGCUUUGGGAAAGAAUCUCAAGGGAUGAUGAUUACAUGAAAUAUGCUGUUGAGGAGUGCUUUUAUAGUAUCAAAUUUAUCCUUACAGAAAUAUUGGAUGAUGAAGGAAAUAACGAAGGAAAGAAGUGGGUUGCGAGAAUUUAUGAAGACAUCCAAGAGAGCAUAGCGAAAAGGAAUAUCCUUGUUGAUCUUCAGCUGGACAAACUGCCGCUAGUUAUACAGAAAGUCACUGCACUCCUAGGAAUAUUGAAAAAGGAUCAAACUCCUGACCUUGAAGCAGGCGCUGUUAAAGCUAUUUUAGAUCUAUAUGAUGUUAUGCGAAUGGAUGUCCUGUCCUUCAACAUGAGAGAUAAUUAUGAUACAUGGAACAUGCUGGCAAAAGCCCGGACUGAAGGGCGUCUGUUUCAAAAACUGAAGUGGCCUAAAGAAGCUGAGUUGAAAGCACAAGUGAGUAGAUUGUAUUCUCUGCUUACCAUCAAAGACUCUGCCGCAAAUAUUCCUAAAAAUCUUGAGGCUAGAAGGCGGCUACAGUUUUUCACUAAUUCUCUAUUUAUGGAGAUGCCUGUAGCUAAGCCUGUUCGAGAGAUGCUAUCUUUUAGUGUGUUCACUCCAUAUUACUCAGAGAUCGUGCUUUACAGCAUGCAAGAGCUCCUAAAGAAAAAUGAAGAUGGCAUCACAACCUUGUUUUACCUCCAAAAGAUAUAUCCAGAUGAAUGGAAAAAUUUCCUUGCUCGGAUUGGACGUGAUGAAACUACAUCAGAGUUGGAACUCGGUGAUAAUCCUAAUCAUAUCUUAGAACUCCGGUUUUGGGCUUCUUAUCGAGGUCAAACUCUGGCUAGAACAGUUCGGGGCAUGAUGUACUACAGGAAAGCUUUGAUGCUCCAGGCUUAUCUAGAACGCAUGUCAGCUGGAGAUGUCGAAGCUGGCAUUAUCGGAAAUGAAACAGCUGAUGUUCAAGGUUUUGAGUUGUCUCCAGAGGCCAGAGCUCAAGCUGAUCUCAAGUUCACAUAUGUUGUUACAUGUCAAAUAUAUGGAAAGCAAAAGGAAGACCAGAAGCCGGAAGCUGCAGAUAUUGCUAUGUUAAUGCAAAGAAAUGAAGCUCUUCGAGUUGCUUUCAUAGAUGAGGUUGAAUCUCUGAAGGAGGGGAGAGUGCACACAGAAUAUUUCUCAAAACUUGUGAAGGGAGAUAUCAAUGGAAAAGACAAGGAAAUCUAUUCAAUAAAGCUACCAGGAAAUCCCAAAAUCGGUGAAGGGAAACCUGAAAAUCAGAAUCAUGCUGUUGUGUUCACUCGUGGGAAUGCUGUUCAGACAAUUGACAUGAAUCAGGACAACUAUUUCGAGGAAGCUUUAAAGAUGAGAAAUCUUCUUGAAGAGUUAAACUGUGAUCAUGGAUUACGUUCCCCUACUAUUCUAGGUGUGAGGGAGCAUGUAUUUACUGGAAGUGUGUCUUCAUUGGCAUCAUUCAUGUCCAAUCAAGAAUCUAGCUUUGUCACGCUUGGUCAGCGUGUUCUGGCAAAUCCAUUGAAGGUCCGCAUGCAUUAUGGUCAUCCAGAUGUAUUUGAUAGAGUUUUCCAUAUCACAAGGGGUGGGAUCAGCAAGGCAUCUCGCGUAAUUAAUAUAAGUGAAGAUAUUUUUUCAGGUUUCAACACAACUUUACGCCAGGGAAAUGUUACUCACCAUGAAUACAUUCAGGUUGGCAAGGGGCGGGAUGUUGGGCUCAAUCAGAUUGCUGUUUUUGAGGGCAAGGUUGCUGGAGGCAAUGGUGAACAAGUUCUUAGCAGGGAUGUUUACAGGCUUGGGCAGCUUUUUGAUUUUUUUAGGAUGCUCUCCUUCUACUUCACGACUGUUGGAUACUACUUCUGUACCAUGCUGACAGUGCUUACUGUGUAUGCUUUUCUCUAUGGGAGGGUAUAUUUGGCAUUAUCUGGGGUUGGAGAAGCUGUACAAACCAGAGCUGAUAUAUUGGGGAAUAAAGCUCUCACAGCAGCUCUGAAUGCACAGUUUCUUUUCCAGAUUGGUAUCUUUACGGCAUUGCCAAUGAUUUUAUGCUUCAUAUUGGAACAGGGCUUUCUAAGGGCCAUGGUUAGUUUCGUCACCAUGCAGUUUCAGCUAUCUACUGUCUACUUCACAUUCUCACUGGGCACUAGGACGCAUUACUUCGGCCGUACUAUUCUUCAUGGUGGUGCAAGGUAUCAAGCAACUGGUAGAGGAUUUGUUGUUCGCCACAUAAAGUUUAGUGAAAAUUACAGGCUAUACUCACGAAGUCAUUUUGUCAAAGGACUGGAAAUUGUGCUCCUGUUGGUGGUAUACCUUUCAUAUGGGUACAAUGAGGGUGGUGCUCUGGCAUAUAUUCUUCUCACCGUUAGCAGUUGGUUUCUGGCUAUUUCAUGGCUGUUUGCUCCAUAUUUGUUCAAUCCAUCUGGAUUCGAGUGGCAGAAGACUGUUGAAGAUUUUCGAGAUUGGACAAACUGGCUUCUGUACAGAGGUGGAAUUGGAGUGAAAGGACAAGAAAGCUGGGAGGCUUGGUGGGAUGAAGAACUGUCUCACAUGCGAAACUUCAGUGGCCGAGUCAUGGAAACGAUACUGAGCCUACGAUUUUUCAUCUUCCAGUAUGGUAUUGUUUACAAGUUGAAUGUCCAGGGAGAUGACAGAUCAUUAACGGUAUAUGGAUUUUCAUGGAUAGUGUUUGCAGUGCUUAUAGUUCUGUUCAAGGUAUUCACCUUCAGUCAGAAGAUAUCAGUCAAUUUUCAGUUGGUGCUGCGUUUUGUCCAAGGACUUGCAUUUUUACUGGCCGUGGCUGGGGUAUCUGUUGCCGUUGUAUUGACUUCUCUCUCCAUCAGCGAUAUAUUUGCCUGUAUCUUGGCUUUUCUGCCCACUGGAUGGGGAAUUCUUUCUAUUGCUUGCGCUUGGAAGCCUGUAGUGAAGAAAAUGGGACUAUGGAAGUCAAUACGAUCAAUUGCUCGUUUAUAUGAUGCUACAAUGGGGAUCCUGAUCUUCAUCCCUAUUGCGUUAUCUUCAUGGUUCCCAUUCGCAUCAACAUUUCAAACCAGGCUUAUGUUCAACCAAGCAUUCAGUCGCGGUCUUGAGAUCUCGCUUAUCCUUGCUGGGAACAACCCGAACACCGGUAUUUAAUUACACAAGUUUUGUAUGUAAUGUAGCACAAUGCCCUUUUUUUGUCCCCCAACUUUCAAUUAGUUUUCUGAUAUAUUUAUCUAUUAUUUGAAUCUUGAUUUAUGUUGUGUAGUUGGUGGUCUUAGCUACAUGAUACAAUUAUUACACAUUAAAUUAUCUCAGACUUGGUUGAGUGGUCUGGGAAUGAAGUUCGCAUUCUGGUGUUGUAUUCAUCUUACAAAGAGAUGCAUUUUCUAUAAAUACAUGCCAUCAUAAGAUGUGUUUAAUUCGA